AUGACACUACGGUUCCUCCUCCUGUGCUUGGCGGCGGCAGCCUGCUGCUGCCUCGCGUUGCUGGUUCCUCCGGCGCAGGGGCGCAUUGCCAUUGGUCUGGCCGCCGGUGGAUUUGGUGCGACGAACCGGCGGGCCUCGUCGGAGCAGCAGCGCGGCACGGCAGCGAAGGCGGCCGCGUCGACGGCGUGGUCAUCGUCGUGGACAGCGGCGGCGGCGGCUGGGAGGGUGAGGCCGGAGCUGCGGUCGGUGCCGGGGGGCCCGGACCCGCUGCACCACCACGGCAGCCCGCGGCGGCCGGAGCUGGAGCCGACCGCCCCCUGA